AUUACUACUCUUGAAACACACUUCUCAACACUUCCUCUCUCUCUCUCUAGAUGCUUGUCUCCUCUCUCCUAAACCGUCACCCUCCUUCGCAGACUAAACAGGAUUCAUGGAUUGAAUUCAGACUAAAAAAAGAUCAAAUCUUUUAGGGUUUCCUCCAGUUUGUUCUUAACUCCUCAAAACAAACAGCUCUUGACAUAAGAUCUAGGUUGAGACAUGCCAUCAAGGUGCAAUAACGAAGAUCAACAGGUGGAAAAGGAUGCGCACGACACUCCAUCUCCAACAACUUACGCCCAACCUUGGUGGCGUGGAAUUGGGAUGAAUUCCAUAUCCUUGGCUGAGGAAAACGCUCUCCAUUUACAAAAUAAUGGUGAUUCUGGAACUAUGACUAUGUCACUCUCAUCAAACAAUGGAUUUAGUGUUGGUGAUGGAAAAGAACAGAACUCAAAACAGGCUCCUGCAUCAAUGCCUCUAGUUGUUGGUGAAAAUCUUGAUACUAACUCUCAAAUGGAGCUUGUUGGCCACUCAAUUGUGUUGACAUCUUAUCCAUAUCCAGAUCCAUGCUAUGGUGGGAUAUUAACAUAUGGGGGGCCACAGGUCCAUCCUCAUCUAUUAGGUAUGCAUCAAACGAGAAUGCCUUUACCUCUUGAAAUGGAAGAAGAGCCCGUUUAUGUGAACGCCAAACAAUAUCAUGGGAUUCUGCGGCGAAGACAAGUGCGAGCUAAACUGGAGUCUGAAAAGAAGCUCGUAAAAGCUAGAAAGCCAUAUCUUCAUGAAUCGCGUCAUCAACACGCAAUGAGAAGGGCUAGAGGUUGUGGCGGCCGUUUCCUGAAUUCAUCAAAGAAGCAUGGGAACGACGACUCUGGAAAGGAUGCGAAUAAUAAAGGACCAAAUGAGAAUUCCAAUCAACCAAACGGGCAUCUAAAUGGUUAUGGUGUUUGGAACAAUGGUGGAACCCUACAAGAGGGUUCUUUCAAACCGAUGAGGUGAAAGGUGUGAGGAAGAGUCCCCCAUCGGGCCAACGAUGUCAAUGUCCCUUUUGACUAGUUGUGCGGUUUGUGGCUUCUUCUUCUUUUUAUCUUUCUCCCCAGGCAAAUCAUUCUUGGCUUUGGUUACUUUGUGUGUUUUUGUCUGUGUACAAAAAACCAGUUCUCACUUUGUCACUGUAAAUUAUAUUAAGUAGUAGUGUUUUGUUUGGUAAACCUAAGAUGGUUUCUUGAAAUAUCUGGUUUGGCUUUGUGUGUCUAAGGAGAGAUGUCUGUUUGUCACUCCCAACUGUAUUACUAUGUUUGCUUGUUUGUACUUUGUAGUUAGUCAGUCUUAUUUCAUUUCUAAUAAGAUGUAUGACCUAGUCAUGUUAUGUUUCUUGUUCUCA